AUGAAGCCCAUCAGCGAGACUGAACCACUCUACGAAUACGUUUUCCUGGCCGGUCAUCCGGCCCUGACCACAUCCAAUUCAGACGACCUACCCGGGUCUUUCCACUCUAAGGGGGUAUACACUCCUCAUCCUACGAUCCAGGGGCGUUGGAAGUUUCUGUUGCCGCUGGACGACUGCGUUACCCUCGCCAACCGCGAAAAAGUCUUGCCACUUUCCAUUGAAGGCUACAUCAAGCAACAUCCGCUGGUCCACGAAGCGGUGGUGGUGGGAGUGGGCAAAGCAACUCCGGGUCUUCUGUGA